GCACCACUGGGCGGCUGGCGUGUACUGCAGCAGCGCCGCGCUCCGCAGCGGGCAGCCCGCCGGAGAGCUGGUCGGGAGAAGCGCGCUGGGCAGCGGGGAGAUCGGUUCGGUUCGGUUCGGUUCGGCGCCGCGGAGGGGAAGCGAGCCCAGGCGCAAAUGGAUCUAGCUUGCUUGCGGGCUUCGACGUCUGCCUUUUCCUUGAUUGUAUGUCAGAUUGGCCACGAUGGACCAGAAAACGAAACGAAGAGCAAAAUGAACGUAGGAGUUGCCCAUAGUGAGGUAAAUCCAAACACUAGGGUGAUGAACAGUCGUGGAAUGUGGCUGACAUAUGCACUUGGAGUUGGUAUGCUUCAUAUUGUUUUGCUCAGCAUUCCCUUCUUCAGUGUUCCUGUUGCAUGGACUUUAACAAAUGUGAUUCACAAUCUGGGAAUGUAUGUAUUCUUACAUGCAGUAAAGGGAACUCCUUUUGAAACACCUGACCAGGGGAAAGCCAGGCUGCUAACACACUGGGAGCAACUGGACUAUGGAGUACAAUUUACAUCCUCACGAAAAUUCUUCACAAUCUCUCCAAUAAUUCUGUAUUUCCUGGCAAGCUUCUAUACCAAGUAUGAUCCAGCACACUUCAUCCUAAACACAGCUUCUCUCCUGAGUGUGCUUAUCCCCAAGUUGCCACAGCUUCAUGGUGUAAGAAUCUUUGGCAUCAACAAAUACUAAUCGGGAGACGUGAAACUGAAGCAUUCUGACCAAAACCUGCCAUGGCUACUGCUUUUUUUCAGGUGAAGGAAUGGGUAGUCUGCUGUGCCAUUUAUCUAGUAACAUACAAUGAGAUACUUUCACACCUGAGAUCUAAUUGCUACUACUUGGGAUGCUAUUUGGAAGACCAGUAGACUUUUACAGGAAGAUGCUUCUAAGUAUUUAAUGUGAAUGGUAAAUCUUUCAGAGAGAGAUUUUCCGUGAGGAACUGGGCAGGCCCAGCUCUAAAACUUAAUCGGCACUAAGAGAAUACAUAUGCCCAGCCGACAUAAGUGACUUGCAAAGAAGGUGUGAAUAACUUAGUUGAAAUGUAGGGGCAAUUUUCACAAAUCAUCCAGAUAGCCAUAGUAAAAGCAAAGCAAGUUAAUAUGUAAACCCAGAAUCCUCUGUUGAAGAACUGGUGAGGCCUCAUGCUUAGAUUAUGUGAAAGUAGCCAGUUACUGCUUUUGGAUUACGUAUAAAUGGUUCACUUUUGCCAGUUUAAGGGUUGUCUGUCUACCUCUAGGUGUUGCCAACAUAGUUUUUUUUUUUUUUAAUCUGGCAGCUGCUGUGAUCUAAUGGAAUACUUUUAUGUCUAUCUGUUCCUUAGUUACAAAGACAUCUCCAGUCGUAUAUGUCAACUCAGGGGAUUUCUGCAUCAGCUUGCUAGCCUACUUUUCAUAUAUUAAUGAAAUGUGUCAACAUUGUUUUAUUUUUUACUUUCCAGACAGGGCAAUCUGUUUUGAGAAACUAAAGCACAAAAUUUCUAAAAACAGAAAACUUCUCAUGGUGUAGAUAUGAGCAGUCUUCUUUAUUUGACUGGUAGGCCAUGUUUUAGUGGUUAAGAGGUCUGUAAUGGCCUUUUUUUUUUUUUUUAGAGGAGAGGCAGUCCAGUUUUUCAGGUUGCUGGAAUAUCCCACAGAAACCACUUUCUCUAGCUAGUUAAAUCGCCAAGUAAAAGCCCAAACUGGUGGUGGGUAAACAGCCAAGCUAUAGAUCUUACCUGUAUGGUCCAGCAGAAGAAAAUGUAGAUGUUUGCCUUUCCUGGAACACCUUGACAAGAAGUUCAAGAAAUCUGCAUUUCAAGGUUGACUCCACUACUGUAUAGUACUGUACCACCCUUGUGGAUAAUCAGCUCUGUGAUUAGAGUGAUGGAUGUUUAUGUUGAGGCCUCAGCAUUUAGUUUUGUGUCUUGAAAAAGAGAGAUCCUGUAAGAUAUGCGCAGUAAUUGCCAAGUGAAAGCAGCUUACCACAUUUUGAACUGGCUUGGAUGCGGGGGGGCAGGAACUUCUUUGGGUUACCAUAAGAACUGUCCUUUAAGAGCAUGGCCCUAGUUUAAGCCUUGGCUACAGGGAUUGUACAGGAUGUGUUCAUGCAGUAAAAUCAACACCUAUAUAAAGACUUGCCUUGCAAAAUUCAAUCAAGUGUUUAGCCACUGGUGGGUGUAUUUGUCUCCCUUAUUAGGAGAAUUUUUCUGGCUACUUUGGCUGAUGGAAGAUUGGCUGUAGUUUGUCAGCAAUGAGCUAUGAAACUUCAUAGCAACUGAAUGGCUCAUAUGAACAGACGAAUCUUCAAGUUAAACUAAUAAUUAUGAACAUAAAGUGAUAACUGGCUACUUUAAAAAAAUCAAGUUUGCUUCAUAGGGCUAUGCUAGCUCUCUGAAAGUGUCUUGUUUUUGAAAAUAAUGUUUUAUGUAAAGGAUAAGUGAUAAUGACUUUGAGACUGGGAAUCAUAUCAGCAUUGUACUUUGUACUUUUGUUCAUUUUAGCAAAAAAUUUACAACUGGUGAUGUGCUUUUGUAAAUAGAUCGUUGAUAGUAACGUAGGACUAGUGUUUGAAACACUAUGUAAAACUUCCCUAGAAUUGAAUAGGAAAACCUUUUCAAUAAUUGUGCAAGACAUCACUGUAGUAAGCUUUUUCCUUUUCUCCUCAGAUACUUUUUUCCCCCAAUGGCUUACAUGGUUUACAGAAUUUAAAAUAACUUGCCCUAUGAUGGUUUUAUUUCUUUGUAGUAUAAAACAAGUUGUUCAAAAUACACAUCUGCCUUUAUUAUCUCCUCUGUAAGAACAUAACACUGUUACAUGGUACAUUUUACUCCAGCCAACUGUUCAGUUGAUGAGGAAGCAUUAACACACACACUCUACUUCUACCUGUGUAAUUUCUACAGAUAGCAGUUAAGGGUCUUGUCUCUUUGCAUCACAUACAUUGUACGGUACAACUGAAUGAUUAUAUAAGCACAUGAAGAAAAUAAAACUAGUAUUGAG